AUGUACUAUCCAGCUUUACUCUGUUUCUGGUUGGCAUUCCUCGGCUUUGCCUCAGCGACCCCAGUUGUUCGUAAAUCACUCAAUCCCAGGAAGAUCAAGGUCCGGUCACCUGUUAGCGACUCCGACUUCUCCUCGUCGGGCGAUUGGCCAACCAACGUCGUCAUGGUCGGAGGAUCUCAAACCUAUGGCUUGUGGGUUCCAGCCGAUGGUACAACAUACGACCUGGAAAACAUUGAAUGUCUCGGUAUACCGGCCUACGCUAUCGGGGACUGCAGCGACAUUACGAUUGACCAGAUUGGUGUGGUUGCAGGGUACGGUCCCUGUAAUUUCACCGGCAGUGCUAGCUACACCCAAGUGAUUGAAGGUGCGGCUGGAGAUGGUUACCAGACAGUUGGACCACCUCAGAAUAUUCUGACGGCGGCUUGUGGACUCUGA